UCCCACUUGAUGUGUUGGCACAUCAUCGGAGCUUCAAGUUUGCCUCCGGAGUGUCCAAACGCUGUCGGCACUCAACCUUGCUCCUCCUUGUCUUCCUCAUCUUCUUCUGCCCGGUGAACCUUUCUACAUCUCGUGCUCCACCCUGCUGACGUUUGACGCAGAGGCGCUGUGGUGCCAGCAGGGAGCCACUGAGCCCAAAUGGCUUCAGACUACACUGAUGACGUCAUGGGGGAGCCAGGCUCCACCCCUCUGGACAUUGACAACGUACUCAUGCUGCUUCAGGUGGAGCAGGAACAGAUCCAGAAAAGGACUUUCACCAACUGGGUCAACGCCCAGCUGGCAAAGAGGAGACCUCCAUGCAGCGUGGUGGAUCUCUUCAACGACUUCCGUGAUGGAUCCAAAUUGUUGGACCUGCUGGAGGUGAUGAGCGACCAGCGCAUCAUUCGGGAGCGCGGCAGGGGAACGUUCCAGCACAGGAGCAACAUCGAAAAAGGCCUGUCCCUCCUCCGAAGCAAAUCGAUCAAACUGGUCAACAUAAACAUUCCCGAUAUCAUCGACGGAAAGCCGUGCAUCAUCCUGGGCCUCGUCUGGACCAUCAUCCUGCAGUAUCACAUCGAGGAGUUGGCCAGCGGACUUUGCUUCACCUCGCACCAGUCGUCCAUGGAGUCUCUGGCCAGUCUGGACUCGGGGUCGUGGCGGAGUGUCGGCUCGGCCGGCGGCGCCACGGGUUCCAUGCUCCGCCAAGGCUCACCACUCCACGCCCGCUUCAGGCUGUCGGCCAAGAAGACGCUGAUGCUGUGGGUCCGUGAGCAGUGCCACAAGGCGGGAUGUUCGGCAAACGUGAAAGACUUCAAGGGCAGUUGGCGUAGCGGUGUGCUCUUCCUGGCCAUCUUGUCGGCGCUCCGCCACCACCUGGUCGACUUGUCCGAGGUGGCCGGCAGAAGCAACAGGGAGAACCUGGACGAGGCCUUCCGAGUGGCCGAGCAGGAGCUCGGCAUCCCGCGGCUGCUGGAGCCCGUGGACGUGGACGUCCAGGAGCCCGACGAAAAGUCCAUCAUGACCUAUGUGACGCAGUUCCUGCGCUACUCCAAAGACGUCUCAGAGGAGGACUCCCUGCAGGACCCGCAGCCUCCCAAAGCGACGUCUCCUGUCAGCCUACCCGUUCACUACACUCCUGCCAUCUCGGCGUCGCCACUGCGGCAGGUGAACCCUGAGCGCAAGGUGCAGGAAGUGUCGUGUUGGCUUCUACUGGCACACGAGGAGCUGCUGGAAGGCUGGGACUCCACCCGGGGCGAGAACUACUGCGAGCGCUAUAACGUUUUCCACACCUUUGUGACGUCCUUCAAUGAGCAGCGGCCGUCGAUCAUGUCUCUGUUAAGCGCUGUAAGACGAAGCUCCGCGCCGAGCGAGGAGCAGCGAGGCCUCAAGGAGGCCUGGGAUGCCCUCACACAAAAGCUGCACGAGUACAAACUGGAGUUGGACGGCAGUCUGCCAGCCCCUCUGGACGUGGCGGCCCGUUGGCUGCGGAGCGCGGAAGACCUUCUGGCCGAAGAGGACGGAGAACUCCGGGACCACCGCCGGGCCGCGGACCAAGCCAAGGAGAAACGGGAGCAACUCAAGGUGUGCCUUCAGGAGAUUUCCCAGCAGAUGAGCACAUUCCAGGCCUUCCAAAAGCAGCAGGAGUACGGAACCAUGCUGGUUCCUAUUGAAAAAAUAGAGGAUCUGAAGAGGAGGUUCACCGGUGUGAGAGUGAGCGCCAAGUACCACAACAUCCAGCUGAAGUACCGACAACAUCGUCACACGGUGCUGGAUUUGCUGAGCCAGAUAGGGAGCCGAGUGCACUUGUGGGCCAGGCCUUACCUUUCUCCAGAGGCGCUUAGGCUUUUGCUGCACGACUGGCAUGAGCUGGUCACUAAUCAGGAACUUCCUUCCUCGCUGGAAGCCGCUCUCCAGCAGCUGAAGGGAGUCUCGGAGAUAUACUCGACCAAGUCUGCUCUCUCUGCUGACUACCGCCACAUUUAUCAACAAGAGACACUGCUGGAGGAGGACACGGCGGCCGCGUUGGCCCAGGUCAGCUCAGCCAAGAAUACGCUGGCACGGGUUCUGAGCGCCUGGGACUCCUACAGCGACGAGUUCAGCAGCAUGCAGGCGUGGCUGGAGCAGGACUCGGACGCACGGGGCUGCGGCUCCCGAUCCACGGCGACUGCGGAGAGCGUAGCCGAGUGGGCGACCCGACAUGCUCACCUGAACGAUGUGGCAAGCUUCCUGAUGGAGUCGACCGACCCAAGGACCAGCAGCAGCCUGGAAGAGGAGUUGGUCAAGCUCAAUGCCCAAUGGGCUGACUUUGUCCACAGAAACACAAUUGAGAACCUUGGUCCCAUCGUAAUGGAUUGCAGCUCUGACAUCCAGAGCAGAACACCACACGUUCAGGCUCUUCUCAAGGAGACCACACUUCUUCUCCAAAAACCUGUCCAAACAAUGUCAGAUCCUCUACGCACCUAUUGGAAAAGAAUACAGCUGCUCUUGAGGAGGCUGAAGGAUGUGGAUCUGGAGGCACUUGUUUCUUCCCCAGAAUCUUCUGUGGGGCAGUUGGAAGAGGUGAAGAUGGCCGUGGCUGAAGCGAGUGAGACCCUGUGCGAGGCAGACCGCUUGUGUGCAGUGUUGCAGUGCAGUAUUUCGUCUCUUGAUACUCGCUUGGCCGAGCUUCUGCACUGGGAGACGGAGGCUCAGGAAAUGCACCAACUACUGGGGACCACGGAGCAACAACAGCAGCAGCAGCAGUACCCGAGAGUUCAGGUCCUGAUCUCCCGUGGCCUUCAGCUGGAAGGUCAGGUGGUGACAGAGGAGCAAGCUCUUCAGGCCUCCAUUCGGGCAAAUCAGAAGAGCCCGCCCAUUCCCUACUUACAGACCACUGUUAUGCAGGAUCGAGUGCAAGCGGCACUGGCGCAGUCACAGGAGGUAGUCAGGAUGCUGAGCAACUUGGGAGCGAGAAGAGACACAAGCACGAGUCCUACGGAAGGUCGUUCAGCCAAAGUCUUCAUCCGAGACGAAAACACAGCUCCUCAAGGACGGCGGCCGGACACUGCGCCGCCGCAGACAUCCCCCGUGGAAUUACAUCCAUGUCACGAAACGUUUCUGUCAAACGUAGUGGUUCAACAUUGCGGAGAAGGAAGGAAGAGUGUGUCUUCCCAUAGCUCUGCGCAGCAGAUUCCAACGGCAGAGGCUCCGACUCCUUCCUGGACAGGAAUGAGUGAGCAACAGCAGACCAUGGAGCUAAACAGCGGAACAACACAGCAGAAGCCAAAGUGUCACCGGCCUCACGUCCAGGUACGAGCCAAAGGAGAGCCAAAGGUAGGAAAGAUGCAUCAAGACGCUGAGCACCAACCGACAGACACCAAGGAAUGUAAAGCGGGCCAGUAUGUGUUCACACACGUGGAUGUUGAACCAAAACUCCCACAUAAAGCUGAGACACAUGAGCCGAUUUCAUCUCUCCGCCCACAAUGCAAAAAGGCCCAGGCCGUGAAGAAUCGCCCUUGGCUCCGAAACAGGUCGCAGGUUCGGCUUGAACCUGCCCUGCAAGGCCGAGUUUUUGCUCAAGGGCCAACCUGGGCCCAAGAUAGGCCCGUAUCCCCCAUGCAGGACAUGAUUCUGCCAUCUCACAUUCAGGUUGGUUGUCAUCUGCAGUCAUGGGCCCCUGUCGGCCCAGACACCCCGAUGCCACUGGCCUGCUCCCAAGCCGAACCUGAACCUUUGGUCGGGGCUCAGGCCAGUUCGGAGCCAAGGCCCGAGCCUGAAAACCAGGCACAGGAAAUCCUGCCACAUCAGUACCAGAGUCAGAUGCCCCAGAGCAGUCCUGCCCACACGCAAGCCCAGGCACAGACGCCACCUCAAAAGUCCGUUGCUCCAUCUCAAGCCAAAGCAGAGCCCAUAGCAACGGUCCAUGUGGCUCCAGGCCAAACCCACGCCCGGACCCAAGUGGGCAGCUGGUCUGCCAUGUCUGCGCAACCUGGGGCUUUAGUAGAACUCCAAGCCCGGCCUCCGACGUUCAUACAGGAGCCUCAAUGUCAAGACGCGAUUCAGCACAGGCAUCAUACUCCCCAGCCGGUCGUUGAAGCUCCACAAGCACCGCAAUUGGCCCCGAGUGCUCGACCACAAAGACCUUACAUGAGGCACUCUGGCUAUUCGACCAUGCCGCAACCAUCUCCUUUGCAGCAGAUGCAGCUGCACUCUCACGCCCUUGUCCAGGCGGGGUCUCUGUGCCAAGCCAGGCCCCAGAUUCAGCAUUCCCCAAUGCGAGCCGCCGUUUUGACACUACCGCAGUGCGUGCCCGAGCAGUUUGCGACUCAACUACUAUGGCGAUACAAAGCGGAAUUCCAGUUGACUGCUCAGCCCAGAAUUGCAACACUGACCCAAGGCAGCGCUUUAGCUGCGUCAAAGCCUUUGCCCCAACCGCUGUCGCCUCUGAUGACUGUUGAGCACCCGCUCGGACCUGCGACACAGUUUCAAACACAGACCCAAACGGCAACCAUACCUGAUCCCCAAUCUCCGGCACAGGCGAUGCUCCAGGUCAAGCUUGCUCCACAAGCUCAGGAUCCAUCGCAAGACAAGCAAAAAGAUUCCGUAGCCGUUCUGGAGUCUCAUAUGUGCGUGCGAUCCCGGGAAGAAUCGCCACACCUCCUGGCUCCUCGGCAAGCCUACACCAAGGCCCGGGCUUUGGCUCAAAGCAAUUUUGAGAAGUCCAAGCACUGUCUGCAGGAACACAUUCUGGAGGCCGUCAGUCAUCAAGCGGCAGUGACAAAUACUCUGAGGACACUGGAUCCAGAGUUACUGGAGGGAUUCCUGAGGGCAGCCAAAAGCAUGGAGGCCUUCUGUACACCUUGGCAGCUCAGAGACAUGCAGCUGUUGACACAGUCUUUCAGCGCUCAGUGGGAGGCUUACUUUUCAUCCGAGGGCGACGGUGCCCGAGCGUGCCAGCGAGUGGAGGCCUUAAGAGAGCUGUGCCAUGUGCUGAGUCCGCAGGACGCCCACCGCUUGGCCCACACUCAACAGAGCGAGUGUGAGAGUAGCCUGGCUGUCAUCCAGCGCCAAUUUGGCAGCGACCAACAAGCUCCGCAGUCUGACGAGCGAGUUGCUGUCUUCAAAGUGGAGCAGACUCCGUCCGUCAAAAGCAUGCCCCUCGGUACACCUCAAAUUCCAUCUGAGGUUUCGCAAAACAAACCCAAGGCAGUAACUUCUGAACAAAAGGUUCCAGGUCAAUCUUCUGUGGAUGAAGAUGGCAACCAAAAGGAGGCUUUAGAGAAAUAUGAAAUUUCCAUGAACUCUCUGCAAGUCCAGCUGUGGAAAAAUGAGCAGGUCAUGGGAGAUGUUCCCUCAGACUCUGUGACUCUAAAGGAUCUUCACUCGCGGCUACAGGAACUCCAGUUCCUGAGGCAGGACACAGAGUCUUUGUGGCUUGAGUUUACAAAGCAGUGCUCCCAACUGCCUGGUCGAGAGCAGGAGAAAUGCUACCUUCAGAACCAGUGGCGGGCCCAGCAGGCGCAGCUUCAGGGAAGAGGUGGUUCCCUCGGUGCCGCACUUAGGCAGAUUGACUCCACUGAGAACCACAUGGUGGACUUCACAGAGCGCCUUGAGCGUUACCUGAGACAAGCCAAAGACAUCAAGGCCUUCACGCUGACUGAUGCCAACAUCCUGAAAGACAUCAAGGAACUUGACAAGAACAUCCAGAGUGAAUUGGAUCAGCUGGUCCAUCUGAAUCCAGAAUACAGCAACCUGGACCCCAGAGACUGCCUCCCUCUCUCGCGGGAGGUGGAAGCCCACAGAUGCAGCCUGUAUCAGCUUGCCCAACAAGUUCGCAAAAGCGAGGCAGCUGCUCGCGCUUUGGACCUCUUUCUCGUGUCCCUUCGCACGGUGAAGGAAGACAUCGACCGACCUUGCGCCGAUGCCAGUUGCGCCAAACUGGCUCUGGACAGCCUGAAAGACAAGGCGCCACAGUUAAAUCUCCUGCUGCAGGGGGCCCGGUUGAUGUUCACCAGGGAUGGUUCCCCUGCAUCCUGCCUGGACAUGGUCAGUGUCCUGCUGAACAAACUGGAAGAAGCUGACAGUGGAGCGCUCAAGAGAGACGCUUGCAGCCAAUUUUUGGGCUUAAGGAAGAGGACCCUGUUGGAGGAACUGAGAAAGAUUCGGGCCACAGUGGAAGCACGAGGCUUGACAGAGGCCACCGUGCCAGCCGUGCAACACAGGCUUCGGGCUUUGUCUGACGUGGAGGGCCAGCUGCAAGCUCACAACUCAGAGAUCCAGGGUCUCAAGGAGCUUCCCGAGUGUCAAAGUCAGAACCUCCUGGAGGAGCUGGAGGCCGAGUACAACUCGACUCUGAUGUCUUUGGCCAACAGCAAACACCAGUGUGGCGUCCUGACCCAGCUGCUCAAGACGUUCCAGAGCUGUCGCAGCCAUAUGAGUGGCAUUGUGCUGAGAGCUGAGCAGACCGUCGGCGAGCAGGCCUCGUACAUGGGCAAAGACAACCUACGCAGGACCAUAGCCAAGGUGGUGGACAUCAAGGAGGACCUGAGUGGUCUCGGCGAGCGCAUGGAUGAGUUGAGGACAGUUUGCAGGCAGCUGCAGUCCCAGCUCAAGAAGUUUCCAGAGUGCAGGGAAGCCGCGUUUGAAGCGGAAGCGGACAGGCUGAUGGACAUCUGGCUGGAUGUGAUAGAGAAGGUAGAUGCAUACAUGGACAACCUUCAAGUGGGCUCGGAGCUGUGGGACAAGGAGUUGGCGUUGGGUGCAGAGAUUGACAACUGGAUAGCGUCCAAACUGGCCCUGUUUGCAGAGAGCCACCCCUUCCACAACCAGCAGCAAGUCUUAGCCUUGAAGGAGGAGAUCCAGGUCUACGAGAAAAACAUCCAACAUUUCCACAACAACUGCGAGGAGAUCCAGAAAUUGCUGCAGAGUCACGAGUCUCCGCUGGAGUUGCAAGUGAUGGAAACGCAGUUGAGGAAGAGGUUGGAGCAGGUGAAGGAGCUGUUUGCCGACUGUACCGACGUCUUUGAAGAGCUGAUGGUGGUGAAAAACCAUCUCGGCCAAAAGCUCCAGGCCUGCCUGUCGGCCGUUGAGAACAUUAAAGGCUCCGUCAGUAAGCUCCAAGCCUCCCAACCAGAUGCGGAGGCCCAUUUACAGGAUUUGCACGAUGGCCUCGAGGCCCAAGAGGAGCAGGCCGAGUUGGUGCUGAGAGAGAUGGCCCUCGUCUCCGGCGUGGCUGGUACACAGGUGCUGGAGGAACUCUGGGCGGGUUGCGGGCAACUGAUGGACGUCAUCGCUCGCACCAAAGACGCCAUCAGGCUCAAGAGAGAGGAGAAGGGCAAAGGCCCAUUCGAGGUCAUCCAAGACGAGAGGCAGUCUUUUGAGGGCUGGUUCCAGGACCUGCGGCUGGCCAUCCAGGUCUCUUUUGAGGAGCCGGAGAGCAGUGCUGAUGUAGAAACGGCGUUACAAAAGCUCACAGGCUUUUUGAAGGCCAACCAUGCAGAGGACCGCCUAGAGCAGCUGAAGGAACAUAUGGAAGGAGGCCACCUGCAGAUCCAUCCUCAGCAACUGCGUGAGCUCAAAGACUGGCUGAACGAGCAGUAUAAGGACGUGGACACCUUCAAGGCGCGCUGUUUGAGCAGGCAGAAGCAAAUGGAGUCCUUGAGUCGGGACAUGAACAGACUCCAGACGCAGUGUGAUGCUUUCCAUGAGUGGCUGCGGGGUCAAGAGGAGCUCAGCACGGCACCCAGUGCGGCCCAACGGCUCCACCUGCAGGAGAGCCAAGCGGCCGACGUCCUGGUGGAGUUGCUGGAUUCCGUGCGCCGCCAUGGCGUUACAGCUGACCCCAUCCUCAAGGAUGUCGACGACGCCAUCAGCCGCUACCGAAAGCUGGAGGCGCGGCUGUGGGCGCAGGCGGAGGAGGAAAAGCAAGUGAUGGAUGGGGGGCUGGGCCACUUUACUACCCAGGCCCAGUACCUCGGGUCCUGGUUCAAAGAGCUCCUGUGUUCCUUCACCUUGGUGUGCAGCCAUCUGCCGUACCAAGAGAGGAGUCUUAAAGCGCAGGCGGUAUUGAGCGCAAAAGAGGAGGGUGACACCAGGAUGAAGAGCCUGCAACUACAGUGCCAGAGUCUUUGCGAACAGGACCCGCACAGCAAACAGCGAGUCCAGCAGGCACUCCGAGAUUUGGAGGAUGAGUGGAGGAGCAUCCUGCGGGCCGCCCAAGAUGUGGUCGAAGAGGUCGAGAUGAGAGAUAAGCCAGCCCAGAGGGAACAUUUGGAAGCCGCCAUGCAGUCAGAGGCGCAGCACCUAAAGGAACAAGCCCAGUCUCUGCACAACAGUCCGGACUCGGACCAGGCGGCCCAGGAAGCGAUCAGAGGCCGGACAGAGGCUGCCGAGGCCUCGGCCCAGAUCAAGAACACCGCGCUGCCAGCUCACAUUGAGGCCACUCGCUUGUGGAUCGAAGAGCGUCGACAGCAGCUUCUCCCUCUCGGCCCUCUCGUGCCGCUCCAGGAGCGAUUACGAGUGACGCAGGCCACUGAGCUGGAACAGGAGAUAGCUCAAGAGGAUCAGCUGAAGGCGCACCAAGAAGCCAGACGGGAAGUCCGAGCCUGGCUGCAAGAGAAGCAACAAAACCUCAAUUCCCUGCAUCUUGGCAAGGACCCCCAAGUCACCAUAAAAAUGGCGCAGGACAUCCUGAGCUCCAAACCACAAGGCGACGGCAAGAUGGCCGAGCUGCAGAAACAAAGUUGGGAUCUCUGCCCUGGUGCCGAGCCUGAGUCGCUCACAGCCCUAGAAGAGCUGUGGGCGGCACUGUUGCGCGACGCCGAAAAUGCCCUGAGCAAAGCCGAGGUCUUCUACUCACUUUCCCGGGAGCUGCAAGCCUUUUUCAGCCAGGCGUCUGGCGCCCAAGCCUGGGUGGACCAGCUGCAGACGCAGCUCGACAGUGUCAGUAGAAUGGAUGCUCGAGGUGGCCGGGCCCAGAUAGAAGAGCGGCUCAGCACGGUGCAGAUGAUCUUGAGCUCCGGAUCCAGCGGAGAGAGUCGACUGUGGGAUCUGCAGAGACGAGCGCAGAGCCUGGGCGACCACCAAGACUUGGAACAGCACAGCAGACUGCAGAUGCAGACCAAACUCAAGCAGCUGCAGGAGCAGUUUGGGACUGUGCUGCAAGCGGCAGAAAGGGCAAGCAGACAACUGCAGAGUGUGGAGGACCUCCUGGUGUCCUGUUUGUCUCAGCGAGGACAGGCCGAGGCUCGUCUGGCCCAACUCUGGACGGAGACAUCCAAUCUGCCUUGCGCCUUCCCUUGGCCCGGCCUGGGCGAGCGCAGUCAAGCGGCGGAAGGAGCCCGGUCCCUGCUGGACAAGGCCUCGGCCAUGGGACCCCUCCUCUUAGAUCUACGCACGCGGGUCGCAGAGCUGUUUGAGGCCACCCAGGACCCCGACUGGGCUGAUUCUACCUGCGCCGGCAUGGUGUAUUCCGUCUCGGCCUUGCUCCAAGACCUAACGGACACUGCAACCCGUCUGGAGCAAGGAAUUGUGGCCGAGAGGCGAGUGGCCCAGCUGCUAGAACAGCAUGAAGUGGCGCAGGAUUGGUUGCGAGAGCAGGUGAAAAGAUUGGAAGAUCCUACGGAUGACAGAGCACGUCUUCAUGGUGCCAUCAACACACUCAAGGCCUUACUCCAGACCGUAGACCGGGAGCAGAAAGAAAUGAAGGAGCUGGAUGCCGCUAGAGAGCAUCUGCUCGGCCUCUGCACCUCCGGAGGCGGCGAUGCACUGACACUGGCGGUCAGCCACCUGGGUGAGCUCUGCGCCAACUCGGAACAGUACCUGAGGGAGCGCUUGAGGGCCUGUGAAGCCCGCCUGCGGGAGCUGGACUGCCAGGCGGCGCAUCGGACCCAUGAGCUGAAGGAGAAAGCUGCCGCCUUGCUGUGGGAGUUGAGUUCUCUGGACCAGGUGCUUGGCCACGUUGGAUCGCAGAAUGGUGUCUGUCAGAUGCAGCGUCACUGGGACACCCUGCGGAAUUGUGAAAAGUCACUGCAGGAGCUCCGUGUUCACAUUGACAUGCUCAAGCGGGAGCUUGCUGCUGCCGACAGGGAUCUUCCCAGCGAAAUAAGAAUCAUGGUGCAGUCCAUGUGCCAGCAACAUGAAAGUCUAGAGUCAAGACUGAGCCAGCAGCAACGAAGCUGUUCCACAAACAUGGCUUGCUGUCUCAGCCAUUUGUUGCAAGCGCUGCAGGACUGGAAUGGCAGCGAGCCUUCGCGAUCCGGCGUGUCCCUGCAGGAUCCAGAAGAUGAAAGGCAACGGCUCCUGGCUGUUCUUGGCGAGGCAUUUGAGCAGCGGCAGUUUUUGAGCGACUGCCUGGACCGGGAUGUGUUUGAGCAACUUUCACAAGACAUCUCUGAGGUUCUCAGAGGAGCAGGGACGCUGAAAAUGUCUCAAUGUCAGGAGGAACCCAAUGCCAAGGGUGAAGCCACAUCUAACUGUAAUCUGAGUGCUAUUGCCGCUCUGGAUGCUCAGCCCAAGGAGGCAAAGAUGUCUUUGGUGGCGCCACCACCGCGGAAGAACAAACAAUCAGCUGCGACAAAGUCUCCAGUUGAGCAAAACACAUUUCCAACAAAUGAACCAGUCGCUCACUUUGUAACCGACAUCAUUGAAUCUGCCAUCUCUAAUAAAGCUGCAAUAGAAUUGGAAAGUAGAAAAACAUCCGCAGGUUCUCACUUUGGCACAGGAUUCUCUCAAGUUGUUCACAUGAAGGAAGGGAGGAUUUCUCCACCUGCAAAAAAGUCAAAGAGCGUCGAGCUUUCCACACAAGUACCUGUAAAAGAGACGACACAAGAAUUGAAUCUCCAUGACCGGGAACAUCCAGUCUGCGAAGAAGCAACAGAAGUCUCUGCAAGUGGGCAAGCUUGUGGCAUGACUGAGGUUGUCACAGCAACGAGACACGCUAACAUAGUAUCUGAGCAAAAUCACCCAGAAGAGGCCGCUGCCGGAAUCGCUCAAUUUGCUACUGUGUACCAAAGAAAUCUCUCACCGCCUGCAAGAAGAUCAACAAAUAUCAUGCUUACUCCAAUGCUGCCAACAGCAGCCAGGGAAGGUCUGGUAUAUGCAGCAGAAACAUCUCAAGAGCACAAAGUUUGUGAGGAGGCACCAAAGGAGUCUACGAGCCAGGAAGCGACAGUCGGCACGGGACUGAUUGAGUCUGCAAUGAGUCAACUUCCUCAGGAAGUGGAGGGAACAUCCUCAGCUUCAGUAGUUCCCAGCUCUGAACUCGUUGAAGCGGAAGGAGAGAUUUCACCACCCAAAAGAAAAUUGAAGGCCGCCGAGCCCCAUUUCCAUGAAACGGCAGAGCAAAAGUUGCUGGAUGGUAGUGAGCAAACAAAAGGAGUCGUGGCUCCACGGCCACCGAAAAGAAAGCCAAAGCGCUCAACCGUCCCCCCGCCAAUUCCCAAAGAGGGACACCCCGAGAGGCUCGGAUGCGCCGACGUGGCAUAUGCUGAAGAAUUGGCAAAGCGCGAGAUGAUUCCACAAGAACCUCCAAAGUCCCCCAAGCACAAAGCUGCCUCACUCUACGUUGAGCCAGACCUCGCCGCCACUAACGUGGCUGGCCCUGAGCCCGCGGCUUCUGUUUUGGUGGACGGCAAGCUAUCAGAGAGUUUCAAGGUUGCCCCAAGACCCAUUGAGACAAGCCCAGUAGCUGUUGAGCAAGGCGCCUCUGAAAAUGAUGAAGGUAAAAAUCUUGCUAAGCCAGCCCAAGCUCUGUGCAUCACAAAAGUGAGAUCACCCGUGCAAGCCGUUAUUGAGUUGGAACUGCUCGAAGUUGCGAGGGAACCAGCGGGCCAAGCCAACGCCAAAGACGUUGCGGUUGAAAACGACAACGCGAAAAGAUGCCUCUCUCGAGAUGGAGCUCCAGUGGAUGCUUUACAACUGAAUAUUCAGAUGGACAAAGACUUUUCUGCUGAGACUGCAUUGCAAGGGGAAUCUCCCAUGGUUUUGGCAGGACAAUUGGUGGAGACUGUAUUAUGUGACGAGGCCGUGGAAAAGACCUGCAAGGCGGAGAUCAACCUGCAAAGACCGACUGACGACGAGGAGCACGACGGAGCCUCCUUGCCUGUGGGCGCUUUGCAAGAUACUCCUGUGACAAUUCACAUGGGGCCCCAUGUGCGUCUUGUACAAGUUGAGAUAAAACCAUGUCAAGAGCAGAACAAAGACAAACUCGAAACAGAAGCGGUGGAAGAGCCAGAGAAAGCCACGGUCGACGAAAUGUCUCCGGGAGGGAAGCCAAACACCAGCGCAGAGCGAAACGCGGGCAAAGUCGUGUCCGUUGCCCAAAAAGACAAAGCGAAGUGCAACCAAAAGGAGAAGCCACCGCAGCUCAUCCAAACGGAAGAAAUCGGCACAGUGCCACUGGCUGCAAGUCUUGGUGACGCCCACAUGGCUGUGACGCAAGACAGCAAAAUGAAAGAGCUAAGCCAAGGUGAGUCUUUAAUGACAAUGCCACGAGAAGAAUCUUCAGAGAGCCUCGCUGAGGCUCCCUGCCAGCCUGACCCCGAGGCGAAGGAGGUCAGCCAAGGUGAGACUUCGAUGACAAUGGCACGAGAAGAAUCUCCAGAGCUCGCUGAGGCUCCCUGCCAGCUUGACCCCAUGGCGAAUGAGGUCAGUCAAGGUGAGUUUUUCAUGACAAUGCCUCAAGAAGAAUCUCCUGAGAGCCUCGCUGAGUCUCCCUGCCAGCCUGACCCCAAGGCGCUCGCUGCGGCCCAAACAGAAGCCCGGCAAAUGGAUGCACCAACGGAGCAAAGCCAAAACGCCAGUAGGUGUGAAGUGUACGCAACAGGCACUUUGCAGAUGCGCCAAGCCAGCGUCAAGAGGUCCGAGUCGGACACUGACAUAGCAGAAAGAGCUUCGUUGACAGACAUCUUCUCAGAGCUGAAGGCAACGGCAGAGAUGGAAAUCCUUCACGCGGACUCGUGUGAUGAUUGUCUAGCAGAGCUGAUGAGCUCCACAAAUAGCGACCUAAACGUUUUGCUGUGUGGCCUCGUGUCAAACCUUGUGAGCUGUAAGAAUCGCUCAGCCGAGCUCCAGGUCGCUGCUAUGAGCCGGCAGCUGAAGGAGGCUAAGAAGUGUCAUGACACGUCCAGGGAGCAGGCCGCCCUGCUGGAAGCGGAAGGUGACUCUCUGGAGAAGCGCUGGAGUGCAGCUGCUCGCGAUGCAGCCGCCGUCGUAAUGGACAAAGUCCAGCGGCUUCAGCUUGUACAGAACUUUUUUCAACAAAAUGACAAAGUCAAGACCACCUUGGAACACUUGGCAGCUCAACUGAAUAUGUCCAGACUCGCCGCAGCAGAGAGCCACCACCAAGAGGCGGAGUGCCUGAACUCCACCAAGAGAGCUUUUAAGGAGAACCGUAGCGUCCUUAGGGAGCUGCUGGGCAUUCACGCAAGACUGCAUCCUCUCCUUGGCCAUGCGCACCGCGCAGCUGCAAAGAAUGUGAUUGAGACUCGACAAGAAGACUGGAGAGCGCUGGAGCGCGCCACAGAGAAGGCACUGCAUUGGUCGGAUGUUCAGGCCCGGAGUUGCAGCGAUCUCUUGCUGGAGUUGUCUUAUCUGCGGGGACACUUGGAAUUGCUCAGUCGACAGCUGGAAGGGUCCCCGUGGGACUGCGCCAAAGUCACGCAGCUGAUGAUUGCGCAUGCCGAGGUCAAAGCCGCCCACGUCAAGUAUUACCACUUGAAGGAGAGGUCGGAGGCGCUGCCCUCAAACGUAUGGCCCAAAGAACGACACGAGAUCAAGAAAGCGCUCGACAACGUCAAGGACCAACUUUGUCUUACGGAGGAGUGGAUGGCCUCUAAAAUCCAGAUGAGCGGCGAUGCCGUCACCAGGAAAGUCCUGACCCUGGGGAGGGACGGUCUCUCAUGGGCCAAGCAGAUGGAGAGCAGCAUCGAGGGCAUGUGCACCAGAGUGCCUCUGCUCCCCGAGGAGGUGCACCAUCAGCUCGGGGCCUUGAAAAAACUGCAGUCACAAGUCAUGGCCAAACACAGACAACUCGAGUUACAGGUGAAGGCGGAGAUAGAACUCCUGCCGCAGCUGGACGGAGUGGAAGAAAUGCCCGCCGUGGGCUCCAUGCUCAAAUGUCUCCAAGAACACUCAAAGUCGCUCAUCCAGAAGCUGACUGACGCCACCGCGCACUUGGAAUCAGGGCUGCGCAUCAGAGAAGCAGUGGCCGAGCGAAUUGCCGAUCUUGAUUACUGGGUGGGAGCUCAUCUGCAAAGAGAGACGCUGGAGACCGUCCGGACAGACUUUGCGACUGCUGAUGGCGAGAGCCAGGAGGUGCCAAUCCAGGUGGAAAAGCAGUGCGCCACCUGUGAGGCACUUUUCAUGCAGACCAAAGACAUCGCUUCGGAGCUCAGCGUGGCGGAGAGCUGCCAGCUCUUUGACAAGCUCACCCAGCUCCAGGAAGAGAUCAGCAACAUUGGCAGCUGCUGGCGGGCCGAAAGGAAGGAGUUUGAGGAACACGCACGGUCUGUAGACUCCAGCGAGAGGGAGCUUGUCACCGUUGAACAUAGCCUGAGGCGGAUGCAAGACCAGCUGCACCAACUGAAGUUCCCUACCCUGACAGAAUCGCUGGAGGUGUUGGAAUACUUCCAACACCAGCUUUUGGAGCACCGCUCUACGAUUGGCCUACUCUGGGCCUGGACUCAGGAAGUGAAGACGAAUGAAUUUGACUCAGUCGUUGCCGAAAUUCAGAACCAACUGACGGCCCUGCGACUGAAGGCCAGCGAGCAACACAAGUACCUCUACAUGAGGCAGAAUGCAGAGGCCCUGAAAGAGGCCAUGGAGGAGCAAGUUUGUCAGACCAAAGAAGACACACGGGCAAAGGAGCGCUACAAGACCUACCACAAGCUUCUGUGUAAUUUUCCUCUGAUCAAAGGGCGUUGCAAAGAGGUCGUGUCCAAACUCCAGAUGAUCUCCACCGACUUCGACCCCGCUCAGCUGCGCUCCGAGCAACGCAGACUUCAGCAAAAUGAGGAGAGCCUUCAAAACGUGAAGACGAAAAUCUUUGAGGGUCUCGGCGGCAUCAAGUGCGCACUGCUUCAAGAGCUGGAUCUGGACUCGGGGAGGAAAGCAAUGCGAGCCUUCCUUGAGGAUGCUCACCGGGAGCUCCAGAAGCCCAUGCUGAUGGCGCCAGACGAAGCGGGGAUCCAUAGGCAAUUCCAAAAAGUAGUCUUUCUGAAAAAUACCCUUGAGUGGCGAAUGAGAGCACUGGAACUUCUCGAGGAAGGGAGCGCACGUUCGGAUCUCCGAGAAUUGACCAACUGCGUUUUACGCCAGUGCGACUCCCAAAUGGACAACAUUUCUGAUGCCAGGACAUCACUGAGAAACUACACCCAAACUGUCAAACGAGCACUGCAGUUCUUGAGGGACGUUGAGAUCUCUCUGCUGCUCCUUCCUGGAGUCUGUGGUGAAAAGCUGGAGGAAACCAAAGAAAUCUUAGACUCACUGGAGGAUCACUUCCAGACUCACAUGGACCAGCUGAGCCAAGUUGCCCUCGAUCCUUCCCUGUCCCCGCUGGGGGUAGAGCGUCUCCAGGAGAGUACUUUGAGUCAACUCCUUGUGAGGAUGUCCACACUUAAAGCAAAAGGCUACAUUCAGCUGGAGAAUCUCAGCAGCUGUGCCGAGAACAAUAGAAAAUACGCAAAAUCCCUCGAGGGAAUCAGUCUGCAUGCCAGGAACGCAGAAGCCAGCCUGGAGUAUUUUGUCUCUCGUGAGGCCCAUUCCUUGGACGAGUGCACCGAGCGGCUGCGAGAGCUCCAGGUCCUGCGGGCCGAUCUGGACUGUGCGCUGAGGCAACUGGAGGACAUGGAGGAGUGGUGUCCCGAACAGCGAUGCCAAGCGCAGUGGGAGACCUCCGCGGCGGUCGCCUGGACACGUGUGAUCAAACUCCGCUUUGGCUCGCGGCGCCUCAGCGUGAGACUAGAGCAAAGGAUCGUCGAAUGGAGCAACAUCGCCCGCAGCGUGGAGAAAGCCUCUGCCGCGCUGCGGCAGACAGAGGAGGAGCUCCCCGAGCUUGCCCCCUUGAUGGGCUCCACCAAAGAACUGGUUGACCUGCAGCAGUGCUGGGAGAAGUACCGGGACAGACUGGACUGUGAACACGGCGCACUAUGCGCCCUGGAACAGCGCGUCGCCAGGCUGCUGGGUGUCCACGACGGCACGGAAGAGGAGCCGCCCACACCCCUCUGUCAGCAUCUGCAAGCCAUACGGGCCGCCUACGGCAGGGUCAAGCGGAGUAGCCGAGACGGUUUGGAACAGAUAAAGCUGGAGCUGGAGGACAACGAAAAAUUGCAGGAGGAGCUGCAGGUGGUGUGGAUGUGGUUGACAACGACUGACAGCCUCUUGUCUCAGAUGGAUCCAAGCAACGGCAUAGUAGAAUUGAAGGUGCUCCAUGGCCAGUUGUGCGUCCAGAAAGCGCUGGUCCGGGGCAUUCGGGAGCGACUCAAGUCAAAGUACCUGGAGUCAGACGUGGUCCCGCUGGAGAUCCACGGACGACUGCAGGAGGUCCAAAAGGCUCUGGAGCAAGUUCAGGCUAAGGUCGAAGAGGCCAUGGAGACAAGCGGACCCACACACAGAAUCGAAGCCGAGCUGCUGGAGACUCAAGUUGGCCUGCGCUCAGUGCAGGAGCGGCUGCAAGACAGGAGUUGCAACAUGGCGGACGCAAAGCGAGCUCAGAAGCUGGUGUGGGACGAGCUGAAGAAGUGGCACUCGCAGGUGGCAGCGCUGGAGGCCAAUGUGCGGGACCACGCGCCGUCGCUGACGCAACGACUGGCAGCUGUGCAGCAGCUGUGCGUCCAACUCACUGAGCGGGCCGAGCAGAAGACAGCGCUCAUUGGCAAGACGCAAGGUUGGCUGGAGGAGCAUCGGGAGAUGAUCACCAGCUCCAAGAGUUGGAUGUUGGAGUCGCAGGCUUGGCUGGCCACCCCCCGCACGUACACCACCUCCAAAUGUCUGAGUGAGCACGUCACAGCGCUGCAGAUGGUGUUGAAGGACGCCGCGCAGAUCCGAAACGCCUUGGAGAGCUUCUCUUCGGUCUUGGAGCAGAUGUCUCAGGUGGUGGACGUCUCAGCUCAUUUGGAGCAGCGGGCGGAAGCCGACCGACAACUGGCGGCCGUCCAGAACAGCUUUGCCGAAUCUUUGUCGCAAAUGGAGCGCGCCGCCGCCGAGGUGACGGCGAUGGAGACAGAAGCCAUCAAAAUGGAGACAGAUGUGGCCGAGAUCAAGACCCUCCUUUGCUCCCCGGAGACAUUGUUCAGCCCCAAGAAGAAACAUCUCAAGAUGCUCGAGCGGAGGAUCCGCUCCAUGAGGAGCAGCAUUACCGACAUCCAGAAAGCCAAAUUGCUCCUUCGUCUUCCGGAGAAGACGGACAAGACCUUGACUGUUUUAAGGCUCAUAAAUCAGCUGCAAACCUCGCUGCCGGACCUCGAGAAGAAGAUCCAGGCUCUAUCCAUCCAGCAGCGCCCCGCUCAACGGGCUCGAGGCGAAAGCCUACAGGCAAUGUCCCUGAUGGAGCUCGAGCUGCCCAGAAGCUUAGAAGAGAGGGAGAAGGGUGAGGAGAGUGAGGAGAGUGAGGAGAGCAAGGUGAGCCAGGUGAGGGAGGUCGACGACCCCGAGCCGAACGAGACAAAGGAAGCCGCGCCUGGGCAGAGGCACGCGGGGGUGGCUCACAUCGUUACGCCUCACGAGGACAGCAUGCCCGAGAGGAGUGAGGUCAGCAUGCCAGAGAGGAGCCAAGCUUCACCCGAACAAAGUCAAGAGGCUUCGGGCACCACAGAGCAGAAUUGCUUUGAGGAUUUAUCAUCCUCGCUGGAGUCUGUCACACAUCCCAAGGACCCCGAAGCCAUGGUAAACACCUCCACUGGCUCCAAAAGUCCAGCUGCUUCCCAGCAGAGAUGCUCACUCUGCUAGAUGUAGAAAAACUCCAAGUCUUCUUCACGAGUUAGAAUUGCAGCCUUUCCUACACCUUCGACGUCCCGCUGGCUCAAGUUUGUGAUGUCAGGUUUGAGCCCCAGCUGAUACCCCAUUCUAGACCCAAGGACAAAGAACCGAUCUCAGAACACUGACGAUGAUCACGACGCACUUGGAAUUGACUCCAGAAAAGCAAAGCUCAGACAAAACCUGGCCGGUUGGGCCUUGGAAGUGCGACGCCGCUUUGUUCCCUUGUUGGAUUCGUUCAAAGUCCCGUCAUCAGAAGAAGCCCAUGACGCAGCCAAAUCAUUGUAAGGUGGGGCUGGCGUUUUCUAGAGGGGGGAGAGAUUGACUGUUGUCAAAAUGUGUACCACCUAGCCCCAGAUGAUUCAUAGCCCAGCCAGGCGUUUGCUGAGGACCUACGACAAUUUUAUGCAACCUUAGCAGGCGCUAUAUCAGCGCCAUGACGCCAGCUCCUCCCAAAUGCCCGAGUAGGGCAUGAUGUAGAUGCGUAAUCUGCAUUUAUCCGAUGCUUGGGUAUUUGCGCUAUGAACGUUCCUACGCAUGAAUGUUCAAUUGCGAACAAAUCGUAUCCUUGUGCUCCCGCAGCAACACCAUUGGCUAGUUGGCAUGGGAUAGGCUAAAGUUAAUCCGGAGAGUGGCGUGGACGAUGUCGCUUGUAUGCAUGGGUUGAGCAUGAGAGCCGGCGACCCGCAUGAACCUGACGUGGUUUUUUUUGGGAGUGGGGUUUUGAGGAAACACACACUAAUGGACACACGUGGUGACUCUGUUUGCUAAUAUGCUAAUCAGCUGUUUUUUUCCACACGCCACGUCUGAACUUUGCAAACAUUCGCAAUGAGACGGGGCCCGAAGGUCGCGCAGAUGCUCUUUGACGUGUUUAAUCAUUCAACUGACGGCCGAUGACAUGAGCAUUACUUUCCAUUAAAGUCACCAUGUGCAAGUUUUUUUUUUUACCAGUCAGCAUGAAGUCUUGAAUAAGUCUGCAUGAAUAAGAUCUUGCUCUUUUCCUUCCUGACUCGCUCUUGUAUACUCAAUAAAUCUGCAGCAGUGA